AUGGAGACGCCUCGCACACAGCUGGUAUGGUUCGGGAAUGAAUUCCCCAGCGAUGACCUGAAAGAUCUGUUCCGGCGAUUGCACCAACACAGCAAGGACCGGCGGUUCAGGCUGCUGUCCGUCUUCCUGGAUGAGUCCGCGGCGAUUCUCAAGGAGGAGGUAACCAAGUUGCCUCAACAGCUCCAGGAACUGGUGCCUCAUUUCGACACGGUCUGCACGCUGGCCGAGGUCGACUUUCGCCAGGGUGCUCUAGGCGCAGCUAUGGAGAGCGCGCUACUCACUAUACUCGAACUUAGCAUGCUCAUCGGGAAUUAUGAAGCCGAGGAUGCGGAAUGGAACCUGGAUCCAUCCGAGACCGUUCUCGCGGGCCUGAGCAUUGGCAUUCUCGCCGGUGCAGCCGUGGCUCUAUCCAGCAGCCUGGCAGAUGUAGCCAAGAUCGGAGCAGAAAGCGUCCGGGUUUCCUUCCGGCUGGGAGUCUAUGUCGCCGACAUCUCGACUAAGCUCGAAGCACCCCAGUCCGAUGGAACGCUUCAGAGUUGGGCGCACGUCGUCACGGAGAUGUCGCACGAAGCAGUUCAAGAGGAACUUUCUCAGUUCAAUGCAGUCACGCAGAACCCGGAGCUCACCAAGGUCUUCGUCAGUGCUGCAGACAAGACGUCCGUGAGUGUCAGUGGGCCACCAUCACGCGUCAAAGCCGCCUUCCAGCACUCACCCAGCCUACGAUACUCCAAGUCAUUCCCGCUGCCCGUGUAUGAUGGUCUCUGCCACGCGCCGCAUCUAUACAGCCGGGAUGAUAUCGAGACUGUCAUCAACAGCGCCGAGUCUGCGAUACCCGCUUCCCGGUCUGUGCGACUGCCCUUGAUCUCGUCCCAGACCGGCAAACCGUUCGGGGCCAGGACAGCCCGUGAGCUCUUCCUGGAAAUUGGCACCGAGCUGCUCACUGGCACUAUCUACGUCGACAAUGUUACGGCUGGUAUCCUUGAACACGUCAAGCUGAAGGAAUCGACAGGAGGAUACCAGAUUGACUCCUUCCGCACCUCACUUGUCCUGAAGGGUAUCCAGUCAGCCAUCGAGACCGGGUUCCCAGAGCUGCCGCUGGUCCGGCGCGAUCUGGUGUCGUGGGUUCACGGAGACUAUGGUGCCCGCCGUCCCUCUUCCUAUGCGUCCUCAAAGCUCGCCAUAGUCGGCAUGGCCUGCCGGCUGCCUGGAGGGGCCAAUGACCCCGAGCUCUUUUGGGAGCUGCUCGAGCAAGGACGCGAUACCCUCACCACGGUGCCGCCGGACCGAUUCGACCUGAACACACACCAUGACCCUACCGGGAAGACGGAGAAUGCCACUCAAACUCCGUUUGGAAAUUUCAUUGAUCGGCCGGGCUACUUUGAUGCCGGGUUCUUCAAUAUGUCCCCCCGAGAGGCGGAGCAAACAGACCCCAUGCACAGACUUGCCCUCGUCACCGCAUACGAAGCCAUGGAAAUGGCAGGCCUUGUCCCCGGCCGCACCCCAUCCACCCAGCCGAACCGCAUCGGCACAUUCUACGGACAAGCGAGCGACGACUGGCGGGAGCUGAAUGCCUCCCAGAACAUCAGCACGUAUGCGGUGCCUGGCGGCGAACGCGCCUUUGCCAAUGGGCGUAUCAACUACUUCUUCAAGUUCUCCGGGCCUUCGUUCAACAUUGACACAGCCUGUUCGAGUGGUCUGGCGGCAGUGCAGGCGGCCUGCUCGGCGCUGUGGUCCGGCGAGGCCGACACAGUCAUCGCUGGCGGGCUGAACGUCAUCACCGACCCGGAUAACUACGCCGGUCUUGGAAACGGCCAUUUCCUCUCCAAGACGGGGCAAUGCAAGGUUUGGGACAAGGAUGCCGACGGGUACUGCCGCGCAGAUGGAAUCGGGUCAGUUGUUAUCAAGCGUCUGGAGGAUGCCGAGGCCGAUAACGACAACAUCCUGGCUGUCGUCCUGGGUGCUCGCACCAACCAUUCUGCUGAGGCUGUCUCGAUCACACACCCCCAUGCUGGCGCACAGAAGGACAAUUACCGCCAGGUGCUGCACCAGGCGGGCGUCAACCCCCUGGAUGUAAGCUAUGUCGAGCUCCACGGCACAGGGACCCAGGCCGGUGACGCGGUGGAGUCCGAAUCGGUCUCGGAUGUCUUCGCGCCCUCUUUGCCUCGCCGUCGAGCCGAUCAGCGUCUGCAUCUGGGCGCAGUGAAAAGUAACAUCGGGCAUGGUGAGGCUGCGGCGGGUAUCGCUUCCCUGCUCAAGGCCCUCCUGGUGUACCAGAAGAACAUGAUUCCCAAGCACAUCGGCAUCAAAACCGAGAUCAACCCAAUCAUUCCCAAGGACCUCGAGCGGCGCAAUGUGGGUCUGGCCAUAACGAACACCCCGUGGCCGCGGCCUGCAGGGAAGAAACGCCUUGCGGUCGUCAAUUCGUUUGGAGCGCACGGCGGCAACACCACUCUCCUGCUGGAAGACGCCCCGGAGAGAGCGAACGUUUCGACUGAGGAUGACCGCACAACUCAUCCGGUGGUCCUCUCCGCAAAGAGCAAGAAGUCCCUGCAGGCCAACAUGGAGAAACUCCUGUCGUGGCUGGAUCAGCAACCUGACGCGGACCUGGCGGACCUCUCGUACACUCUCUGCGCGCGGCGGAUGCACCACAGUAUGCGAUUUGGAACCGCAGUCUCCGACAUCGCGACUCUGCAGAAGAACCUCCGCUCCUGGUUGGACAACCCGAAGGCGUCUGCUGAGCUACGGGCCAUCCCGAACGACGCGCCGUCCGUGGUGCUGACCUUCACUGGUCAGGGUGCCUACUAUCGCGGCAUGGGGCGGGAGCUCUUCACGGAGUUCCCUGAUUUCCGUACGCAGGUACUCCAGCUUGACCAGAUCGGACAGCGGCUAGGGUUCCCGUCCGUUGUCCCCGUUAUUGACGGUAGCAUUGACGAUGGUCCCGCGUCGCCGAUCCUCACGCAGCUUAGUCUUGUCGUGCUGGAAAUCGCCCUGGCACGGUUCUGGUCGCUCCUCGGCAUUCGCGUCAGCGCCGUCGUCGGACACAGUCUUGGUGAAUACGCUGCGCUCGCUGUUGCGGGCGUCAUCUCCGCUGCCGACGCUCUGUACCUCGUUGGACGGCGCGCGCUGCUGACCGAGGAAUUCUGCACUCAAGGCAGCCACUCGAUGCUGUCCGUUCGCGCGGCGGAGGAAGAGAUUGAAGAGCUCGUUGCAGCCAGUCCCGAGACUGCUGGAGUAGCGUACGAAGUGUCCUGUCGCAACACUCGCCAAGAUACCGUCAUCGGCGGCACUAGAGAGUCAAUCAACACCAUCCGCCAAGCCCUCGAAGCAAAGAGCGUCAAGUGCACGCAGCUGGAUGUGCCAUUUGCCUUCCAUACCGCGCAAAUGGAUCCCGUCCUGGAUUCGCUGGAGACGUUGGCGACUCCAAUCGCGUUCAAAGCCCCCAGCAUCCCGGUGUUGUCACCCCUCCUCGGAAGCGUCGUGUUCGACCGCAAGUCCAUCAACGCACAGUACCUGCGCCGUGCGACCCGUGAGACAGUGGAUUUCUCCGCGGCCAUUGAAGCCGCUCAGGACUUUGGCCUGGUCGACGCCAAGACGAUCUGGAUUGAUGUCGGGCCGCAUCCGAUCUGCGCUGGCCUUGUACGUGGCAUGGACGGCUACGCGUCUGUGGUCUCCUCGUGCCGGCGCAACGAGGAUAACUUGGCGGCCAUGUCCAAGGGCCUGGUCACCCUCCACCUGGCGGGCCUCACGCCGUGCUGGGCGGAAUACUUCCGGCCUCGCGAGCGUCAGUAUUCGCUGCUGAAAUUGCCCGCGUACAGCUGGAAUGAGACAGACUACUGGAUUCCGUACCUUGGGACAUGGACGCUGGACAAGGCUCAUCUCAAGUACGGGCAGAAGACGGCUCCUGUGUCGCUGUCGGUGUCGCGCCCUUCCGCGCUCCGGACCUCGUUGGUUCACCAGAUCACCACUGAGACGGUCGAGGCGACGACAGCCACCCUCCAUGUCCUCUCUGACAUGCAGCAUCCUGAUUUCCUGGAGGCUCUACACGGGCAUAGGAUGAAUAACUGCGGUGUUGCGACUUCGUCUAUCUGGACUGAUAUGGCCUUCACUGUCGGUGAAUACCUCUACCGCCGACUCUUCCCCCAAGCCAAAGACGUGCACAUGAAUCUUACGGACGUCGAAGUCCUGCACGCACAGGUUGCCCUCGAGAAGAAAGGAAGCGUCCAGCCACUGGUGCUCAAGGCCCACCUGGACAUGUCCACCAGCUCCAUGUCACUGGCCUGGUUCAACGCAAGCGCCGAGACCGGCGAGUGCGCCGCCGAGUCCUUCGCCACGGCCGUGGUCAAGUUCGAGGACCCAGCCACGUGGACCAGGGAAUGGGACCGGCUCUCACACCUGGUCCUGGGGCGCAUUGAGGCGCUGGAGCAGCGCGCCACGGAGGGCAAAGCGAGCAAGCUCUCCAAGCCGCUGGCCUACGCACUCUUCAAGAACGUCGUCGACUACGCGGACCGCUACCGCGGGAUGGACCAGGUGGUGCUGCACGAGCACGAGGCCGUCGCGGAGGUGACGCUCGUCGCCGAGCGGCAUGGCAGCUGGCACACGCCGCCGCACUGGAUCGACAGCGUCUCGCACCUGGCCGGCCUGGUGAUGAACGGCAGCGACGCGUCCAACACCCGGGACUACUUCUACGUCACGCCCGGAUGCGCCAGCUUCCGGCUGCUGAACCCGUUGGAGGCCGGGGCCAAGUAUCGCAGCUACGUGCGCAUGUUCCCGCUGCCGGAGGAGGCAAAUAUGUACGCGGGCGAUGUGUACAUCCUGCAGGGCGCGCGCAUCGUGGGCAUGGUCGGCCAGAUUCGGUUCCGUCGCGUGCCGCGUCUUCUCAUGGACAGGUUCUUCUCGCCCGCUGCGUCCGCGGCCCAUUCGGCACCCGCGCAGCAAGUUCCGCAGCCACAAGGCGCGACUUCCAGCGCCACCAAUGUCUUGAAGAAGGGCAGUCCUCCUGCGGCGGUCCCUGUCUUAGCCACAAUGACCCCGAGCAAACCCGUCCCGAUCCCAUUGCCCGACGCCAGCAAGACCCAAGGCUCCACCCCCCCGCUCACCCCUCCCUCGGAAGAACAGUCCCCCGGCGAAUCCGCCGUCGUGACGCCAGCCACAUCCGACCGGGGCGAUCCGCUGGACGCCGGCGUGGUGGGCCAGUGCCUGCGGGUGAUGGCCCGCGAGACGGGACUGGAACUCGACGCGUUGACGCCGGACGCGAGCUUCGUGCAGCUGGGAAUCGACUCGCUCAUGUCGCUCGUGUUGUCGGAGAAGUUCCGCGCCGAACUGGGGGUGGAGAUCAAGAGCUCGCUGUUCCUGGAGUGUCCGACCAUCGGGGAGAUGACGGCUUGGUUGGAGGAGUACUGUUAA